UCGUGUCAGAAGCUGACAACGUCUGUUACCAUAGUCACUGUGUAGUCACUGUGUAGUCACUGUGUAGUCACUGUGUAGUCAAUGUCAGAAUGGACUCUGGGAUCUCUGCAUCAUGUACUCUUGAGUACCUACCGUUCAACAACGUUGUGUUGAAAAAACUUCCUCUUGACACCUCUGAAGAACCAGGUUCACGAACGGUGAGUGGAGCAUGUUUCUCCCAGGUCCAGCCACAACCUCUUAUCAACCCCACUUUCGUGGCAGUAUCCGGCUCAGCACUUGCUUUGCUUGGGCUAAACGCUGAAGAAGUAUUGCACGACCCGCUCGGCCCAGAAUACCUGAGCGGUUCAAAAGUCUUACCAGGUGCAGAGCCGGCUGCACAUUGUUACAGCGGGCAUCAGUUCGGGGUGUUUGCUGGCCAGCUGGGUGACGGGGCGGUGUGUUACCUUGGUGAGGUGGAAGCACCCGGUGGUCAGCUGGGCUCCCUGCUGCAUGACAAUCCAUGUGGACGAUGGGAAAUACAAGUGAAGGGAGCAGGCGUCACACCCUACUCCAGAGAGUCAGAUGGACGGAAGGUUCUUCGCUCCAGCAUCCGGGAGUUCCUGUGCAGUGAGGCCAUGGCCGGCCUGGGCAUUCCCACCACCCGUGCUGCCUCUCUGGUGACCUCUGACCUCUGUGUCAGCAGAGACCCACUUAACCAGGGCCAACGACGCCCAGAGAGGUGUUCAGUGGUCUUGCGCAUUGCCCCCUCCUUCAUAAGGUUCGGGUCUUUUGAGAUCUUCCAUUCCCGUGAUGAGUUUUCAGGCCGACGGGGUCCCAGUCCAGGGCGUCAUGACAUUCGGGCUCAGCUACUGGAUUACGUCAUUGAUACCUUUUACCCUGACAUCCAACGAAACCACGGCGACUGUAAAGAUAGGAACACAGCAUUUUUCAAAGAGGUGACAGUGCGGACGGCUCGACUGGUGGCUCUGUGGCAAAGCGUUGGUUUCUGUCACGGUGUCCUCAACACAGACAACAUGAGCAUACUGGGCCUCACAGUGGACUAUGGCCCCUUUGGCUUCAUGGACAGAUAUGACCCGGAGUAUGUGUGUAAUGCGUCUGACCGCAGAGGGCGUUACUCAUAUCGAGCCCAGCCGUCUGUUUGCCAUUGGAACCUGGCUCGUCUAGCUGAAGCCCUGGGCUCUGAGCUUCAUGCCUCUGAGGCAGCGGCCAUCUUGGACGAGUUCAUGCCCCUCUACAAGACCUUCUACCUGGCCAACAUGAGGAGGAAGCUGGGCCUAGUGAUGCGGAAAGAACCGGAAGACCAUGAGCUUGUCUCUGAGCUGCUGCGACUCAUGCACAACACAGGAGCAGACUUCACCAACACCUUCCGCAUGCUGAGUGGUUUAUCCUGCCCAGUGGAGGGGGAGGAGGCUGUGGUCGUCAGUUUGGUGGUGGACCGCAUUCUGCAGCAGUGUGCCUCCCUGGAGGAGCUUAAGGUGGCUAACAUGCCCACCAUGGAGCCCUGUGACCUGGCUAUGGUCUUUUCCAUGGCCCAGACGAACCCAGCCAUGUUUAGCCUGGUGGCGGACCAACCAGAAGUGGCCCAUCAGCUGGAGAAGAUGGGAUGGUUGAAGGAGCUGCUGAGUACCAAUCAGGAUGAGCUUAGAGCAAAGCAGAGAGAGGAUUGGCUCCGCUGGGUCAGCCAAUACAGGAAGCGGUUGGCUAGGGAAUGUGAUGGAGCGAGUGACCUGGGUACCAUACAGCAGGAGAGAGUACACAUUAUGGACAGGACCAACCCACGUGUGGUCCUCCGUAACUACAUUGCCCAAAAUGCAAUACUAGCUGCUGAAAAUGGAGACUUCUCAGAGGUCCGCAGACUCCUAAAGGUUCUAGAGAAUCCCUACUCUACACAAACUGAGUGGGAACUCUCGGGUGAGCCUAAGACAUUUGGAGAAAAGGCCCACGAAAGAGUUGAGAAAGACCCAGAGAUGAGGACCAAAGAGGGGUGGAGAGAUGAAAACCAAACGUAUAUCCCCUAUGACAGCAUGCCUCCUGCGUGGGCAUGCAAGAUCUGUGUCACCUGAUCAUCAUAGGGCACCCCGGACCCCAAACCCCAGCGGACUGUGGAGACAGAUAAGGUCGGUGACCAUGAGGGGACAGAUCUUAGACCAUUCAUGAUGGAUUCCACCCAGCUGGGUCGAAGUCAAGGGGGACAACUAUUAAGUUCAGGGUGCUCCUGGUUAUCAGUCAGUAAAAUGAACUGAUAGUGAAUGAAGACUCAGAUGAUCAAUCAGAAAAGUGACUUGUCUGGGUUGGAGUGACCAGGGGAACUCUGAUUGUGUGUACACGUGUAUACACGUGCACACACACACACACACACACACACACACACACACACA